UAGUACUCCUAACUCCUAAGUCCUAACAACUAUAAAACCCCAUAAUAGAAUCCAAAAAGGUACAACUGUGUUCAAGAAACAGACAAAAACAAAAGUUAACAACAGCAACUCCGAUUGACUAUGGACGGAAAAAGCUCUAACAACACUGCCGGAAAGCCUAUCCGGUGCCGAGCUGCGAUUGCUAGGAAACCAAGGGAGCCGUUGGUGAUAGAGGAAGUGAUAGUAGCCCCACCCAAACAUCGCGAAGUUCGAAUCAAAAUCAUAUGCACUACACUUUGUUAUAGCGAUGUUACCUUUUGGAAAUUGGAGCAUCCUCCUGCUAUUUUCCCCAGAAUACUCGGUCAUGAAGCAAUGGGGAUUGUAGAGAGUGUUGGUGAAGGUGUACAUGAAGUUGUUGAAGGCGACACUGUGAUCCCAAUCUUUUUGCCCGAUUGUGGUGAAUGUACAGAUUGUUUGUCCCAAAAAAGCAACCUAUGUACAAAAUUUCCUUUCAAAGUUUCCCCUUGGAUCGAUAGAGAAGAAACAAGCAGAUUCACAGACAUGAAUGGAGAAACUUUAUACCAUUUCUUGUUCGUAUCAAGUUUCAGUGAAUACACAGUGGUUGACAUUGCUCACAUAACUAAAAUUGAUCCAGCAACACCACCAAAUAGAGCUUGCCUCUUAAGUUGUGGUGUAUCAACUGGGGUUGGUGCUGCUUGGAAAACAGCAAAUGUGGAAGCUGGUAGUACAGUUGCUAUAUUCGGACUUGGUGCAAUUGGACUAGCGGUUGCUGAGGGAGCAAGGCUAUGUGGAGCUAAGAGGAUCAUUGGUAUUGAUGUGAAUCAAGACAAGUUUGAAAUAGGAAAGAAAUUUGGAGUUACUGAUUUUGUGAACUCACGUAACAUCGGGGACAAAACUGUCAGCCAGGUGAUAAUUGAGAUGACUGAUGGAGGUGCAGAUUAUUGCUUUGAGUGUGUUGGUUUGACUUCUCUUGUGCAUGAAGCUUAUGCUGCUUCUAGAAAGGGAUGGGGGAAAACGGUUGUGUUGGGAGUUGACCAACCAGGGGCAAUGUUGUCUUUUAGUUCUUUUGAGGUACUUCACAGUGGAAAAACUCUCAUGGGUUCACUUUUUGGAGGUGUCAAACCGAAAUCUGAUAUUCCAAUUCUUAUAAAACGUUACAUGGAUAAGGAACUACAAUUAGAUGAAUUUGUGACACAUGAGGUUGAGUUUGAUGAUAUCAACAAGGCUUUUGAUUUGCUUCUUGAAGGGAAGAGCUUAAGGUGUGUGAUUUGGAUGAAGAAAUGACCAAAAGUCAUGAAUUGGUCAUUGUUUUUUUCAUAAGUAUUACUUAACUAUUUGUAUUUGUGUUCAUGACUAUGUAUAACCCAAAAUUUAUAAAAUAAAUAAAUAAAUAUAUAACCAUGAGUUGGGAAAAACA